AUGGCCGACAACCCUCAGAGCGGUAGCCCAAAGUCGGAUCCCAUCGACGCCAAGGAGGAUGCUGAGACCGCUGCUGCUCGCAAAGAGUUGAAGCAUACGGCCAUUUCAGAGAAGUCUGAGGGGGCCACCGGCGCGACGACGCCCCAACUGAGUGCAGGCGAUGAGCAAAAGGAGCAAGUCUCGUCACCCAAGAAGAAACAGAAGAGGGCCCACGACCAGCUAGACGACGAGGACAGAGACGCUGAGGAGGCGGACAGCAAGAGCGUAGCGUCAAGCGAUUCUGCCAAGGACAGGGCUUCGCGACUGGAACCCGAGAAGAAGAGGCACAGAGAUGGAGUGACUGUUGACGCCGCCGCCGACUCUUCUGUGACAUCGCCCGUCACCGCCGAAACGAAAACGCCGAACAGCAUUUCCACCACGACCGAGGCCACGUCCGCAGCAGCAGAAAAUUCUGCCAAGGAGGAGAAGCAGGGGACAUCGGCUGCCGCUUUUGCCAGUUCUGGCUUCGCCAAGCUGGCCGCAUCAAGUGCGUCCCCGUUUGGCUCUUUGGGAGACUCUACAAAAGGCAGCGUUUUUGGCGGAUCAACGUCCUCAGCAUCGCCAUUUGGCUCCCUGUCGCCGUCCAAGCCCGCUGCGGCUCCUAUUGCCGCACCGACAUUGAGUUUUGGAGGCGCUGGCGCCGCCUCAUCGCCGUUCGCCAGCGUUAAGACCGCCGGCGCAAACGGUUUUGGUUCGGCAUUCGGCAGUGGCUUCGGCAGCGCACUGUCGGGCAAACCCUUGACGAGCUUUGCCAAGGCAGGAGAGUCUUCCUUCAAAAGCGAGAAGCCUGCCAAACCUUUUGGCGCACCGGAAAGCGACGUGGAAGACGGAAGCGGCGAUGACGCUGACGGCGAUGAUGGAUCUGCUUCAGAGUCCGGUGACAAGGAGGAAAAGGAGGAGUCUGACAAGGAAGAAUCCAAGGCUGGUGAUGAUAAGAAGCGCACCAAGCUGCAGAAGAUCACUGUCGAUGACGGCGAGGCCGGCGAGGCUACGAUAAUUCAGGUCAGAGCCAAGAUGUUCUAUCUGGAGAAGGAGGUUGGUUGGAAGGAGCGUGGCUCCGGUAUGCUGAAGAUCAACGUCCCUGAAGCUUGCGUUUCGUUUGAUGACUCAGGCCUUCCCAUUCCCGGUUCUUUUGAUGCAUCGGGCCUGGAGAACGACGAGGAUCCAGAGGCUGGCAACGGCACGGCCCAUAAGGUUGCCCGUCUGAUCAUGAGACAAGAUCAGACACACAGGAUACUUCUCAACACAGUCAUCUUGCCUGCUAUGAAGUUCCAGGAGAAGACGUCUCUCAAGUCCGUUGGAGUCAUGUUCACCGCAUUCGAGGGUGAAGAAGCGAAGCCCGUCAGCGUUCACAUGAGGAUGAGUGCAGCCAGCGCCAAAUCGUUCCUCAAUGAGGUUGGCAUGGUUCAAAGAGAACUGUCGAGCAAUUGA